UAUUUUGUAACGUCAUCUUAAGUAUUUAGAUGAGUAAAUUGCAUUCUACGUUUUUGGGUCAUUACAUGUUGAAUUAGAAAGUCUGUAAGUUGUAACUUAUAAGCAGGUGUUUGUGUUCAUUGGUUGUUAAAUGAAACCAACGAAACGAUUCAUUUUGAAAAGUCGUCUUGAAAUCUUAGAAAAUAGAGUUCUGUCCUAUUCUGAAUGACUUUUCUGAAGAGUUGUUUCAGUUUCAACCAAUGAAUGGAUACCAUUCCUCUGUUAUGUUUCAGAAGUCAGAAUUUUUACAUCAAUUUUAAAAUGAACAAGUUAAAACAUUCACAGAAUGCAACUGUUGUAGUCACUUUCAUUGAAAGUUGUUGACAGAAGAAGUGCUGGUGGAGGAUCACUGACCCAGCUUACACUGUUACAGCAGUAAGAAUAGGAGGAAGUCUGUCCAUGAAUAAUUGGCUGCCAAGUUCAACACAGUUGAUAAGUUAUUUGUACAUGGGGCUAACCAGGCCUAGGUGUACUUGCAAAGUCAAUGUUUAGUCAGUCAUAGUUUCCCAGUUGAAGUUUGGAAAUGAAACUUAUAAUGAUGACCUAUAAUUUCUAAUCCUUUACUCAUUACUGUGCUAUUUUGAUGAUCCAUGACCUCAUCCGACAUGACUUUGGGUGUCUGCUAGUGUUUUCCUCUUCUUUAAGAAAAUCAUAGAUAACAACGACUGCUGUUAAAUUUAUAAUACAUCUUGCAUCGGAAGAACCAGAGUAACCAUGGUAAAGCUGUAUUAUCUCUCAGUCUUGUAUAAAAAUCCAACCAAAGCCACCUGUUUGAAGUCAGCUAGUGAUCUUUCAUCCUUUGGUUUUUUCCAAAGAAACAGUGUUCAGGAGUUCAUGAAGUUUACAAGCCAGAUCUUAGUUGAGAGAACUACAGCAGCAAGCCGAUCUUCAGUAAAGGAACAAGAGUACAUGUGUUAUGUUUAUGUACGAUCUGACAAUUUAGCAGGAGUUGUGAUUUCCGACCAUGAAUAUCCUCACAGAGUUGCUCAUACACUUAUUAAUCUGGUUUUGGAUGAGUUCUCCAAGAAGGUUCCUGUCACCUCAUGGCCAUUGGGAACAAACUCAACAAUUGCUUUCAAUGAUCUGGAUGUUUACCUGACAAAAUAUCAAAAUCCACAAGAAGCAGAUGCCAUGACAAAAAUUCAGGGAGACUUAGAUGAAACCAAAAUUAUAUUACAUAAUGCCCUAGAGAAUGUUUUACAACGUGGAGAGAAAUUAGAUGACUUAGUUGCCAAGUCUGAAGAACUCAGUUCCCAAUCUAAAGCAUUCUAUAAAACUGCCCGUAAAACCAACUCCUGCUGUGUUUUAUUGUGAAGCUGGUGAACUUACAAAGAAAAUAUACAUACUGACCAUCUUGGGGCAGGAUUACUCAGUCAAAUGUUUAUCAGUGUUGCUGUUUUGUCAAAGAGAGGUGUCUGUCAGUCUUCACAGAUGGAUGUAAAAUUAUCUAAAUAUUGUCAUUACAUUUUGGAGCAGUUGAUAACUGAGUGAUUGCUGCUGUUAAUUGUAGUAAACAAGUUCCCUUGUUUACUGCUGUUGUCAGUAUCAUUUGCAAUAGUGACAUAGUAGUAUAACAGGAUUUAUAUCAGUGUAAAAAGAAAAUCAUGUGGACCAGAAUUUUCUAAUUGUAACUACACUAAGAAUUAAGAAAGAAUUGGAACUUGAAUAACAUAAGAAUUUGUGAUAAAGAUAUGUAUUGCUUCUGGGAAGUGGUAUGAAUAGCCCAUGAAAAAAGCUACACCACAUUAUAGUGAUUAAUUAGGCUUAAUCCAUGGUAAGCCUCCUUUUUUUUCAUUGUAGUUUAGCUUUUUUGCCAUUUAUCAUAGAAAAUCUUUCAUAGCAUUUCAUACUUUAUGUAAAUUAAACAAGACUUACUUUGCAGAAUGUUCAUAUAUGUAUUUAAAUAAAAUUCAAUUAUGUAAAAUUGGAUGUAUAGCACCUUCACCUCUCAAACAAAAGAACUGACUGUUUUCAAUAGGCCAUAGGAUUACAUCAGACAAUUACCAAUCAUAAACUGACUAUUGUUUCCAAUGGAGAACUGCCUAAUUUAAACCUGCAACUUAAACAUUGUGAAUUAUUUUUUUGUUUUGAGAGAUGGCACUAUACAUUUGAUUUUACUUUGUUCAUAAUUAUUUGAUUAAAAGCAAUAAUUCAGGACUACUCUUAAGUCUUAAGUGAAGUUUGAGUAAUCUAAUUUGGUUUGAUUUUUUCUUAUCUUACAAGUUCAGUGUUACUAUGAUUAUUUAAUUCAAAAAAAUUGAAGAUGAUGUGAGGAAAUAUAUUAAGCUCUAAAGGCAACAGAUGUAAUAGUCAUUCAGUGACUAACUGUUGUUAAUAUUUCUCACUGAAGAAUGUACAGUCAGUAAUUCAGUCAUUACUUAUUUUUAUUACAAAUCUUUGUGCUAGCACUUACAAUUAAAAGCAAAUGUAAUUCAAGAUCUCUAGAAAUGCUUAAUACCAGUUUAAAAAGUUACAUUGCUAAAAUCUUCAUACAAUAUUUAAAGUAUAAAACUACAAGUUUUUAAAUAUUGAUGACGCUAUUUGUAAUGUAGUAAGUUGCAAGGUAUAAAAGUGAGUUUGUUUAUUUAGAAGACAGAUGCUAAUUUGGUAAAAUGUUUUUUCAUGUUUGUUUUCUGUAUGCAAUAUCUUGUAACUGAAAAUCAUAAAAUCUGGUAGUUAAAGUUAUGUAAAUGGCUAACAACUUUCCAACCAGUCAAUUAUCAUGUAAGCAAGGUUCAAGGUUUCAACAUCCCUUUUUUAUGGUAUUAUCUGUUGUAAAGUUGAAACUGGCGUUAUGUAAAUAUUAAAUUGUAUACUUCUUGUAAUAAUAUAAUCAUUGUAGUGAUUGUGAUGAUGUUCUGAUCUAAGUAUAUAUAUCUCUCCUAUGAAGUGUUAUAGCAUAUAAAAUCAGUUUGAUGCCUUCUUUGUGAAAGAAAACAAUCCUUUAAAGAAAUUUCAAGUGAACAAGCCAUUUAGCAGACUUGUACGAAUAAACUAAAUUAACUUGACUUGAAAAGUUUGAGUUUGUUGUAAUGGCCAGUCUUCAUUGUAUCAUUUUGGCUAAAGAGUGGCCUGUAUGUUAUUGGGCUAAAGCUUCAUAGCAUUUUAUUUUCUCUAUACUUCUGAUUAAAAUACAAUCUUAAUUGUUAGUCACCAUAUUUUAAGAUACCAAUGUAAUCAAACUGACUGACAUAAGUUUAUUUCUACAUGUAUUAAUGUACAACUAGUUUUUCUGUAAACUGUUAUCAGUCUCCAAUUGACUGGGUUAUUCUAAUUAAAACCUUCCAUGUUCAAUCUUAGUUUCAUACAUCUGUAUUUAGAAUCUACUUCUAUUAAGUUCUCAGACAUUUUUACAUUUCACUGAAAAAUAUGGCAGAUCAUCAUGUCCACACGUUUAGUUAGAACUUUUAGUAGUAGUAUCACAGUAAAAUUUUUAUAAAGUUCACUCAAAAAGUGUAAACUUCAAGUGAGUCUUUGGCAUCUUCUUGUAAUUUCACAACUUGAAGAUUUCAUACAAGAAAUGAGAAAAAAGUAAAUGUCAAUGUGAGAAAACUAAUGACUUAGUGUUCCCAGCAAAAUUUGAAAAAGUUCCACACAUUUACAUAUAUCAUUGUUUAUUGCUUUUCUGAUCAUGAAACUAAGCAGUUUAAAUAUUGGUUAGUUUGAGAUAAUCACAUAAUCAUGAAAACAAUGUUUAAAUAUAAUAGAUUUUACUAAUUUGCUUAUUUCUUCAAAAUGAAUUAAUUUUUGACAAUAAUCAACAUGAUGCAAAAGAAAAAUCAACCAACCCAAAUGGGGUUUUUGCAUCUAUUUUAAAAUGAUUAUGAGUUUUAAUAAAGUUGCUUCAAAUCGUUCUAGUUAGAACUUGUAACCUGGAAACAGAUUUAUAGAGUCAAAUGAGUAGCAAAAAAACACAUGUAAACUAUUUUUUUUCAUCAAUGCUGUUUUUAGAGAAAAAUAAUAUGGUAGAAUCUCAGACACUAAUUGAUUGGCAAUCUGCAUUUUAUGCUUUAAAACUAAAGUUGUAAACUUGGAACAUACGUUUUGUUAACAUACUGAAAAUAAAGUUGUUUCUGCAGGGUUAUAUUCCAAAUUUCUGUUCUUGGGAGUUUUUAUGGUAUGGAAAAGGUAGUCAUUUUACUUGUAGCUACUUGCUUGAAUUGAGCUGUGCUUUGUUAAGUAAUGCCUUUUAAAAUGGAAACUGGUGAUAAGAGGAAAACAGCUACACAUUGUAUUAAAAUGACCUUGCUUAAAAUUCUUUAUUUUAAAAAUUUGGGUGUAAUGGAUCAAUCAACAUAUAAAUAAUAGUAUUACAAGUACUUUUGUAUAAACUGAUGUAUUCCUUAAAAUAUGAAAGCUGAUAAACUGUACUUGUGUAUAAAAGUUUUCAUAAUAAAUUAUAUUUUACAUGGCAUUAAGAAGAUUGAUUACUUCAAAAGAAAUUAAAUCUGUAAAUGCUAAUUUUUGAAACACAUUAGACAAAAAUUAUUUGUAACUUGUAAGCUGUUUUGGAGAGUAAAACUGAGAUUAAAAAAGUCAUGCAAUUGAUCCCAAUUCAUAUUUUGGUCAUCUUAUUAGACAUCUCUUAGACAGGCUUUAAUUGUAAUCUGCUUCCUAGAAUCCAAUUCAUGAGACACAACUGUUAAUAGUUGACAAAGGCUUUGAAGAGUCCAAUGUGUUUCUUUGAUCUGACUAGUAAAAGUUGGAAUAACAACUGUCCAUAGAAAUUAAAUGCCUCUGGAUGAAUAGUCUGUUCAAUGUUGACUUAGUGAAAAUGUGAAUUAACCCCUGUUAGCUUGAAUGUAGUCGUCAUGAGUUUUUGUCAUUGGAUCGCCUAGUUUUACAUUUUGUUGGGUACUAUUUUAAUAGUUUUUAAACAAAUGAUUUAUAUUCAUUCAAUUAUAUAGUGGACAUAAAGUUACUUACAGUUUUGUUUCAUGGGCAUAUUUUUACAGUAUAUCAUUUUUAUUCUAUUCUAGUCUGCACUGUAUAUCAUUUCAUGACUGUCAAUAUAAAUACUGUUGUAAGUUAUAUUUUUAAUAUUUUAAUUUAGAUGUUUGCUAGAGGGAACUAAUGAUGAUAAUAUUAUAAUCGUCUAGAAAGUUCAUGGAGUGUGUAGAAAAUAAGGGUACAUUAUAAAUACAAGAAUCAGUGAAGUAAUGAGUUGUUUUUUUACGAGUAUUCAGUGAGUGAUCCAGUUUGAUGUUAAAAGUGAAGGUUAUUGUGUAUAUUGUUCUUCAUUUGAGUUAUAAGGAAACUCUUUAAAUAAGUUUAUCUGCGAGUUAGGCAUACCAUAAGUUUUGGAAUAUCUGGUCAGAUAUUGUUUGUGAACUUAAGGCCUACAACUUGUGUCAAAGUGAACAUAGCCUCUAGCAAAUGUUAGUGAGCAAAUAAAUUAAUUUUAUCAUUA